GAGUAUUUAAGGCAAAAUGGCCGAGAUACGUUUGAGUUCAUUCAUCAAUCGUUCCUGGAGGCCACCGUGCUCUCUUGUGGAAUGGUGUUUCCAAACCUCGUAGUGGAAUACUGUAACAACGACACUCUAUUUGAAUUGAUAAGAACAGAAAGCUAUUUAGAGAGAGAAGGCGAACUUGUUCUAAAGUUGGACGAGGAUAGUCAUGAAGCGCUUGUGAAACGUUUCAUUUCGGAAAUCGUGUCGAAUCCUAAAACAAUACCGCAUGUUUUGUUUCACUCUGUCAUGGAUGACAAUGAAUUUUCUGACAAGUUUUUUGGUCAUCUUCAGUCAUCUAUCAAGCAGAUGGCCAUUCCUUCUAAAGAUAUUGACGUGCUUUUGAUAGCGGCAUCAAAAUUGGGCCACAUUAGGGCCGUAAAAGCUUGUUUUUCAGCCAACAAUCCACAGCGGGUGUUAGAGAAAGCUGUCAACCAUGCGAGUUACAAUAACCAUGGAAACGUUGUCGAACUUUUAGCUAAAGAUAUAAAACCCGAUCCGUAUUUCUUACAAGCUUGUAGUUUUGGUUGUUGGGAUGUCGUUCGUUCAUUUCUUAACAACGGUUUCGUAGAAGACUUGGACUUGAUGAAAGAAGGAAUCUUCAGGUCAUCUAAAGCUGGCCACUCAAAAAUAAGCAAUGAAUUAAUCAGCAUUUAUAAAAGGUCUACCGAGCCUAUCAUAUUUAAACGAGCAAUGCUGAAAAUUUUGAUUGAUGCCAUAGAAACGGAGAAAGAAAGUACAGUACGUGAAAUAAUAUCGUACCAAGAAUUGGACCUAGACACUGACGAUUUGGGAAUUUUAGUUUUGGAAUCGUGUUACUCAAACCAAUUAGAUCUCGCAAGAUUUCUUCUUCAGAAAUGUUGUAAUUCGAAUUUCAAUAUAGAUACCUAUGAGAUAGGUUGGGUUCUAUUAAAGGGAAGUAAAACCUGUAUAGACUUGGUCUUUGAAAUGGAAGAAGUUUUUACCAUACAAGAUAUUUUUGAAAACAUAAGAAUAAAUUUCAUCCUAACCUCCAUAAUGGAAGGGAGAUAUAUUUUAGAGAAGGCACUCGGACGUUUUCCAGAUUUAAUCAAGAGAUCAAUAUACAUGACACCAAGUCUGUUAUUCCAUUGUUUGUGGAUGGGUUGUCAUUCCGUUGUAUCUCGGCUUCUUCUGGAGAAUGCUGACCUUUUACCAAGACUUCAAAAGCACGACAAGAUAGCAGACAAAUACUCUGUUGCAGAAUUCGCUGCUUUCUGUGGAUUUCCUGAUCUUCGUAUGAUUACAGAGAACUUUCAAGAAGAGCAACCGGGUUUACUUCAUUGCUGCGUCCAAGGAUAUCGAAAUAAAGGAAGGAUGGAUGGGGAUAUUCACAUCUUUGGCUAUAAAAGCAAGUAUAAAGAUGCCGGUGUUAACUAUUUUGAGACUGAUUCGCGUCAGCGAGGGUAUUUUCUUUGCCUGCAGUCAGUUUAUGAUGAAGCUACAAUUCUUCAACAGGAGUCGCCAAUAUUUAAUGAAAUAAUGGCGAUACUGUAUGGCAACUUUGGAUCAAUGACUUUAACAUUCUUGGAGGACCAAUCUGCUGCAACGUCCCAAAGCAUGCUAACAUUAUCGUCUUGUAAAAUGGAAGUUUUAAAGCUAUUAGUUAAAAUACUUUUUCAGAAUUUAGAUCGUGUAAGGAUGAGAAAGUUGUAUUCUGAUAUUUACAUGACAUUGGUUGAUAUAUGAAGAGUCCUAUUUAUUGUAGAUUUGAAUAUAUGGUAGCAACUGCAAAUAAUGAAAGACAAUUAUUAGUUAUGCAAGGAAGUUGCAAAAGGAGAUUUUUUAAAAGCUCUCACAGUUCAGGAGAUAAUGUCGCUCUUGAAAUACAAAGUUGUGACGUAACAUUUUGAAUACUUUUCUCCUCCUUCUGGUAAAUAUGUUGCAAUCAUGUCUUAUCAUACAGUGACCAAUUAAAAUGUUGAGUGAUUGAUGUUUGGGGGAGUUCAAUAGAAAGGUGACGUAGUAACCUGUUUACUCGCAUUGUAGAUUUUCUAGAAAUAGUAUUCCUUAAAAUUUUGUUUUAGUGUAGGAAUUCUGUACAUUGGAUAUUAUUGGAGAAUGGAAUUAAUUAACGGUCUAUUUUAACAACGCUUUAAAUCAACAGGUAUUGCAUUAUGAUUUUUAAUUACUGUAAGUUAUAAUUUUUAAUUUGUAUAUUUUGCUAUAAAUAAUUACUAAAUCUUCGAAAUUGUAACACCAAAA